AUGCCAAACGAAAUCAAAGACCUGCACACGGUCGACGCCACGUCGUUUCCGUACAUUUUCGAGCAGAAUGCGACGGUGACGCUGAAAAACGACGCCGGCCUCGUGCGGUGCAACGUAUACCGGCCCACGACGUCGUCCGACACGCCGGUGCCCGUCCUCGUGACGUACGGCCCUUACGGCAAAGACAUUGCGUACAGCGACUUCCACGCCAAGUCGUUUGCCGAGGUUAACCCGGCGCACAAGUCGGCGCACGCGGCAUGGGAGACGCCGGACCCGGGGUUCUGGACGGGGCACGGGUACGCGGUGGUGCGCGCGGACGAGCGGGGGCUGGGGCAGUCGCCGGGGGUGCUGGACACGAUGUCGCGGGGCACGAGCGAGGCGUUUGUGGACGUGGUGGAGUGGGCGGCAGCGCAGCCGUGGUCGACGGGCAAGGUGGGCCUGCUGGGCAUCUCGUACUACGCGGGCAGCCAGUGGCGCGUGGCGGCGCGGCAGCCGAAGGGCCUGGCCGCCAUGGUGCCGUGGGAGGGCAUGUCGGACUACUACCGGGACCGGUGCCGGCACGGCGGCAUCCUGGCCAACGCCUUCAUCAAGUUCUGGUGGAACCGGCAGGUCAUCACAAACCAGUACGGGCGGCCGGGGCGGCAGGCGCGUAACUGGGGGCCGGACACGCUGGAGGGCGACCUGUCGGAGGACGAGCUGACGGCCAACCGCCGCGACCAGACGCUCGACAACGCGGCGCACCGGUUCCGCGACGACGCGUACUACGCGUCCAAGGAGUACGACAUGGCCGACAUCCAGGUGCCGCUGCUGUCCGUGGGCAACUGGGGCGGCAUUCUGCUGCACCUGCGCGGCAACGUCGAGGGCUACGUGCAGGCGGGCUCGCGGCACAAGUUUCUGCGCAUGAUCACCGGCCGCCACGACCUGCCCUUUUACUACGACGAGGAGGUCGAGGUGCAGCGCAGCUUCCUGGACGCGUUCCUCAAGGGCGAGGACCGUGACGGCUGGACGGGGCCGACGGCGGACGGCAAGACCGUGGCGCCCGUCAGUCUGGUGCUGCGCAAGGGUGACGUCGGGUUCAACGACGCCGCGGCCGAGCGGGCGUACGCGCGCCGCGAGGAGACGGAGUGGCCGCUGGCGCGCACGCAGUACACCAAGUUCUUUUUGACUGACGCACAAACGCUGUCCACGACGGACCCGGCGGCCACGGCGUCCGGCCUGGGCAAGCUGUCGUACCGCGCGCUGGGCACUAUGGACGACCCGCAGCUGCUGCAGUUCACGACGGCGCCGUUUGCCGCGGAGACGGAAAUCACCGGCCACGUCGUCGCGCACCUGCACGUGUCCGUCAGCCCCGACCCGGCCGGCCCGACGCCCAGCGACAUUGACCUGUUUGUCACACUGCGGCACCUCGGCCCCGACGGACGCGAAAUCUUCUACACGGGCACCGCCGGCGACCCCGUGCCGCUCACCAAGGGCUGGCUGCGCGUGUCGCUGCGGGCCGUCGACGCGAAGAACCGCCGCCACCGGGCGUACCUCCCGCACCGCAACUACACGUCGCGCGACGUGCAGCCAGUCAUCCAGGGCGAGCCGUACGCGGUCGACGUCGAGGUGUGGCCGACCAACGUCGUGGUGGAGCAGGGCGGGCGGCUCGUGCUGGAGGUCAGCUCGGGCGACACGCAGGGGUCUGGCAUUUUCUUGCACAACGACCCCUCGGACCGGUCGCCCGACGUCUUCCAGGGCACCAACCACAUUCACUUUGGCCCCGGGUUUUCAAACUACGUGACCCUGCCCGUGAUUCCGGCAAAGGAGUGA